CACAGUUCUCUGGGCAGCUUUUUCGGGACACGCACGACUAGUACCAGGACAUGUACAGGAAUAAAGUCUAACAUGAUGACGGAACAGUGUGUGAGCCAUCAGACGUCUCAGGACGAUGCCUGGAAGUGUAACAGAGGAGCCUCAAAGCAGGAGGAGAGGGAUUAUCACUCAGAUAUAGAGAACAUGGCUGAGGAGCAUCAGAGGAAUGGUAGGACGAUCAGUGAGCCUCAGCAGGCUGCUGAUCACGAACUCUACAGCAGGAAGAAACCAGCGUUAGUCAGGUCAAAGACCUUUGACCACUCUAUGCUGACUCAGGUGCAGACAGACCCAGACACCAAGACAGACCGGAAGAAGCCUCAAUACAGCCAGCUUUCUAAGAGCAACUGUCAGUACCAUAAAAUAUUUAAGGAGAUCAGCAAAGAGGAACAGCUGAGGCAGAGUUACACCAGUGCUCUGCAGAAAGACAUCCUCUACCAGGGACGAAUGUUUGUCUCCGACCACUGGAUCUGUUUCCACUCUAAGGUGUUUGGUAAAGACACAAAGAUCGCCAUCCCAGUGAUGGCUGUCACUCAGAUCAAGAAGACCAAAACUGCCAUCCUGGUGCCAAACGCUCUGGUGAUUGCCACGGCAAAUGACAGGUAUGUGUUUGUGUCACUGCUGUCCAGAGACAACACCUACAAGUUCCUGAUGUCCAUCUGUCUUCAUCUGGAGGAGAGGAGUCCAUGCAGCAGUCCCAUCCCCUCCUCAGCAGAGAGCAGCUUCAGAGGUCAGAGGACACCACUAUCACCUCGCUUUCCUCUGAGUUUUCCAGGUGACUUUACUGACCUGGAUGGAGCAGUGAGGCAGAGGAGGCAGGAGAUGGAGGAGGAGAGCAGCAGCUCCGAUUCUCAAACCCCCGACUACGACAAGAUAGCAGAAUUCCCUGUUCCUCCGUUCCUGGAUGUGCUAGAUCACGCAGACAGUUCAGUACCUCCUGAACAUCUGGACAGUCAGCACGUGGUGAAGAGCCACCGUCAGAAGCAGCAGAGCUCGGACAACAAGCAGCAUGAGACACAAGCUUCUGGAUCGGAUGUGACGAAUGACAGCAGGACUCUCAAACCUGUUUCUCUCAACACUCUGCUGUUUGUUUACAUGUUUCUAGUGUGUGUCCUUGUCCUGUCUUCCUGUUACCUGGCCUUUAAGAUCGUCGCGUUGGAGCAGACACUGUCGACACUCAGUGCUAUGACAGAGUUCAGUCACCCCAGAGAAAACAACUUUUUGCGAGGGAGUGCUGACUUGAACACUGAGUUUUUCUCUGAAUUGUUGACCAUCAACCUGAUUAAACUAGAGAAGGUGCAGAGGAAUCUGCAGAGACUGUUGGAAGAAGUAUAAAGAUCUUUAAAUAUUCUGUACAUAUAUACAGUGCCCUCCUAUAGUAUUGGAACAGUGAGGCCAAUUCUUUUAUUUUUGCCAUAGACUGAAAACAUUUGGGUUUGACAUCAAAAGAUGA